UGAUUAUUGCUGUUUUACGUGAAUAAACAAUGACUUCGUUUGAGGAGAUCGAGGAUGCUACUGGCGCUCGUUUGUCUUGGAAUGCAUGGCCCACUUCUCGUAUCGAAGCUACUCGCAUGGUUGUUCCUAUCGGAGUCAUGUACACUCCUUUGAAGGAACGAGAAGGUGUCAAAGCCUUUCCAUACGAACCAGUCACCUGCAAGACUUGUAGAGCUGUUCUCAAUCCAUGCUGUCAAAUUGAUUUUAGAGGAAAGCUCUGGAUCUGCCCUUUUUGUCUGCAGAGAAAUCAACUGCCACCACACUAUGCCAAUAUUAGUCCUAGCCAAAUGCCUCUUGAGCUAAUGCAGGAGUAUCUGUCCAUUGAGUACGUUUUGAACAAAAAUCCUGGCGCUCCUCCUGUGUUUCUAUACGUUGUCGAUACUUGUCUGGACGAAGAGGAUCUUAAAGCGCUUCGCGACUCGCUGAUUGUCAGUCUUAAUUUGCUGCCUCAGCAUGCUUUGGUUGGAUUGAUUACCUUUGGUACCAUGGCUCAAAUCCACGAACUUGGAUUUUCAGACUGUCCUAAAUCGUAUGUGUUUCGUGGAAGCAAAGAUCACACAGGAAAGCAGAUCCAAGAGAUGCUUGGCAUGACUGGUGGUGUCAAACCUCAACAACCUGUUCGUCCUGGACAACCCGCUCCUCCUCAAGCUGCCAGCUACAGCAGGUUUUUACAACCCGUUUCUCAGUGUGAGUUUGCACUGACUAAUAUUCUGGAACAGCUCCAGCAAGAUCCCUGGCCUGUUGCAAACGAUCGUCGACCACUUCGCUGUACAGGAACUGCCCUGAGUGUUGCUGUGGGUUUGAUUGAGGCUGCUUAUCUCAAUGGUGGUGCACGCAUCAUGCUUUUCCUAGGUGGUGCAUGCACCGAAGGUCCUGGCUUAAUUGUUGGCCAUGAGCUUCGUGAGCGUUUGAGAUCCCACAAUGAUCUUGAAAAAGAUGUUGCAAAACAUUGGAAAAAGGCUACCAAGUUUUACGAGUCUAUGGCCAAGCGUUGUACAGAAAAGGGUGUUGUGGUUGAUGUUUUUGCUGGCUGUUUGGAUCAGAUUGGUCUUAUGGAGAUGAAGUCUUUAGUAAAUACAACAAAUGGAUUCAUGGUUCUUUCCGACGCCUUCAACACUAGUAUAUUCAAGGCGUCUUUCAACCGGCUAUUUACAAAAGACUCGGAAGGAUUUCUUAAAAUGGGAUUUAAUGCCACGUUGGAAGUCCAGACAUCUAGAGAACUCAAAGUAUGCGGCUUGAUCGGUCCUGCCAUUUCAGCCAACAAGAAGAGCGCGUGUGUUGGCGAAACAGAAAUCGGUAUUGCUGGCACGAAUGCCUGGAAAUUUUGUGGUAUUACUUCUCGAACGAGCUGCGCUGUAUACUUUGAGGUGGCUACUCAGGUACAAUCCUUCCAGCCAGGCACAUAUGGUGUCAUUCAGUUUGUUACUCUCUACCAACACUCUAGCGGUCAAUUCCGUCUCAAGGUUACAACUAUUCCUCGUGUGUGGACUGAACCUACUUCACCCACUAUCCCGGCUGCAUUCGAUCAGGAAGCAUCUGCAGUACUUAUGGCUAGAAUUGCAGCAUUCAAAUCUGAGGUGGACGAUGGGCCAGAUGUUCUUCGCUGGUUAGAUCGCAUGCUGAUUCGUUUAUGCCAGAGAUUUGCCACGUUUCACAAAGAAGAUCCCAACUCAUUCCAGCUGGCUCCAAACUUUUCCAUCUACCCGCAGUUUAUGUUCCAUUUACGACGUAGUCAGUUUUUACAAGUGUUCAACAACAGUCCCGAUGAAACCGCGUACUACAGACACAUUUUGAAUCGUGAGGAUGUGAAUAAUUCGCUUAUUAUGAUUCAACCUACACUUACUUCGUAUAGCAUGGAUGCACCUGUUCAGCCUGUACUCUUGGACUCGGUGUCGAUGCAACCCAAUGUAAUUUUGCUCCUCGACACAUACUUUCAUAUUCUCAUUUGGCACGGAGAAACGAUUGCAGCAUGGAGAAAGGCGAAAUAUCACGAAGAUCCUACCUAUGUGGCUUUUAAAACUAUGUUGGAAGUACCUAAAGGUGAUGCACAGGAACUACUUUCGGAUCGUUUCCCUAUCCCUCGUUAUAUUGAUACUGACCAAGGAGGCUCUCAGGCUCGUUUUUUGCUUUCUAAAGUCAAUCCUUCCACAACCCAUCAAUCUGGUGGUGCUUAUGGUGGCGGUGGUGGCCAGGCCAUUCCCACGGAUGAUGUUAGUCUCCAAGUGUUUAUGGAGCAUCUCAAAAAAUUGGCUGUUGCUUCUGCUUAGGUGACAUAACAAGUUGUUUUUGAUAUCUAAUAUGGAGUUGAGCACGUUUGACUCUUGUUUCUAGCCAUCAUACGUUUAUUUCUGGAACAAACCUGCCAGUUGCUUUUGCAGUUUGACCAACUUGAUUUAAAGUAAAAUGAAUACUAUCUACCUUUUGGUAUUG